AUGGUGGUGGUUAAGGGUAACAUUGUCCGUGUGUCCAUGCCGCUGGGAGUCAAUCUGAGUGAUUCAUGGGUGGUGGAGCGAGCAGACCGAUACGGAGAGCAGACCCCAGUGCAUGCAUCGGCACCCGUAAUCUCGUACUCACAUUGCUCGUGGGCCUUGCGUCACUCGUUAGUAGACCAAUCACCCAAGCAGCCGGCUUCCGCUUCGUGCCCCUCGCUGCGGAGACAUUCGCCAGAUGGGGAGACAAGACCAUGGAUUUUCUCAAGAUGCUCGCCAAACGAAAGGCUCGCCCCACAUCCAUUCCCAUGGAGGAGGACGUCAACCUGUCCGUCGAGCUGAUGAAGCACAACGCGUUCCAUGUGGCGAGUCGUGCGCAGCGCGCGGCGGCCGCCAGAGGGCCACGGAGGGCCAGCGCGUUUCCGGAGGACUUCGUCAGCCGUGGGCCAUACAGGCCACACAGCAGCCCCGCUGGGGGCUGUGAGGUGGCUGGCUGGACCUGGGUUCUGAACGUGUGUGUCAUGUUGCAUGUCUCACGCUUGUUUGCAGUGUGCGACAUGUUUUCGCAGUCGACGAACGUUGUCCAUUGUUUCUGCAUGUAUUGUUUCCCUUGUAUUCCCUUGCUUGAUAUGAACUGAUGCUUAGAUGAACUUCGUCGCCCGUUUCAUGCAUCUACUUAAAGUCUCGUUAGUAGUGAUAUCUGUUACUGUGAAGAACAUGUCAACAUCACACAAUGUCCCCAUUCACCUCAAGAUCCCGCCGGCUGACGGUGUGCAUGAACCGGCUGUGGUGUCUUUCGCCAAGGGCGGCCAGGCGGCCGGCACUCAGUGGCACUGACGCUGUGGGACUUUGCAAUCUCGUGAGUAUUGAGAUUACAAAGUCCCGCGCACGUUGACGUCGCGGUGUGCAUUACAAAGCAGACGAGUCUAACACCGUCACGGUGUUUUUGCCUCGCGCACUGAGCAGAAAUUUCUCAAGUCCGAUGAGUCAAACGCCUUUCGUGGUGGUACUGAUUCCGGCCUGCGGCACGUUUGUUGGCAGCCUGUUGGCCCUCUGCAUAAAAUGCCCAGGCCUUGCCCUCUCUCUUUUACAGAACCUCGCGGGCGGCAUUGUGUUUGCGGCUGUGGGAUGUGAGAUCCUGCCACAGAUUGUGCUUGAAAACGGACAACUCAUGCCAGAUCUCCUCGCCAUUGCGUUUGGGUUCGCUCUUGGUCUGCUGGUCAUUUAUUUGGCUAAUGGCAUGGCGGAGAACAGGACACGCGCCGCGGGGAUCGGCACACACGUGGGAACCCAGCCCGUGCGCCCGAGGUGGCGUCGCAGAGUGAGAAGCGGCCGACACGACAGCAGAGCGAGCCUGAGGAAUGGUCAGCACUCACAUUCAUCGAUCAAUUCAGUAUGACAUCUGUAUUGGGUUGGAUGCCUGUGUGACUCUGCCUCGUCUCAGGUCCAUCUAUGCCUAUGGGGGAAGACGCUCAUCAUUCAUACGAAAUGCAUGCCAGGUAUGUGACAUACGGCUCAACACAGCUCGUCUCUUUCCCUAUCGUGCAUUAUCAGGCCCUCGGCGUAUCUCAGCAGCGACUUCGCGGGCGUCAGGGUGAGUCCUUGACGGCAUCGCUCAUUGGCCGCGACACGUACGCCUUCUUUUGGGAGUGGUUCACGGCAGAGACUGAAGACACCGAACCCUUUCCCACUGGUAAUAUACAAUCGUUGCUUCUCUGUCUGUGUGCCUCUGCAUUUAUUGUUUGAAUACGGUCAGGUUUAUGCAGUGCGCUAAUUGUGGAUGUCUGUACGGCUGGAGUGCUGAUUGGGCUGCUAACUGUGGUGUCUGUGAGCACCGGCGUCGUCCUAUCGACAGCGACCUUCCUCUACCUUAUGUUCGUCGGACUGGCCCUCACCACCACCCUCAGAUCACAGACGGUCGCCAAAGCCGUCAUGGCCAGCCUCGUCGCCCCCGUAGCUUCAUACUGCGGCGGUGUUUUGGGCAUCGUCAUCCCCAUUUUCUUCGGCGAGAGCCAUUUCAUUUUUGUCUUCGUGCUGUCAUUCUCCUCCGCAGCGCUGCUGUACUUCGGUAAGCAGCAGCACCGCAGCUGCAAACAAUGGAGAGGGACGUCAUUGUCGCCUUCGUUUGCAUGUUUGCCAGUUGCAGAAGAGAUCGCUUUGGAGGCAGGCAGACUAGCGACACCCGCAAGACUUGUCAUGUGCUUGUCGUCUGGGUUGUCAGGCAUCUGAGAAUGUCGGCGGCAGCCAGGUGACAUGCGUGGCCUACUUCGCGGGCUAUUUCUUUUUCCUCAUGGCCAGAAGGACCGCACAAGCCAUGACACAAUAGGAUAUUUGCAACAUGGGUCAUUUUUGCAGCAUGGGU